AUGGACAAUUCAAAACGAAGAACGUUAUCGGACGAAGAGGCGAAUAGGAUACUCGAUGAAAUCCUUGAAGAAGACGAAAAAGAAAAUUUAGACGAUAACGAUGAAGAUAACGUUGACGAAUCCAAAUAUUGUGCAGCACCUUGCUCAAAAGAAGAUCCCGUUGUUAAAUUUUGCGAGUGCAUGCGUAUAGCUGAACAUUCGUCACGAUUCUCUCUGCGCGUAAUGGAAGCAAUGAGAUGGUUACAGCGCCAAGAAGAUGACCUGCUACCGACCUCCUCGGUGGAGGAUAUCGUCGGCUAUAUUCAAGUGAAUUAUCGCGACGACGGUGACCUUUACGCUCAGGUGCGAACCGCGCUGAAACAGGUCUGUUCCCAAGGAUUCGUCAUGGAAUUAUUAGAAAAUGAAUACCACUUAAUCGGUCCAAAUGCGAUCUCAAUGAAUCAAGUCACUUGCUUGAAUGAUCGAAAGGAUUGCUCAUUGCCUGCGUUAAUUAAGAAAAGAAAACGCGAUGACGAAGAUAACAAUUGCAAUUGUGAAACAACAUCUGACGAGGAGCCAGAACUUCCAAGUAAAAAUCGAAGAGUUUCAGCCAAUGAAUCGAGAACAACUUCCCGAAAACAAGAGAGACGUGGAAGGGAUAUUUCAACCGGAGAAACACAAGAAUGUUCUUGCAGCACGACCUCGACAGACGAAAACGUAAACCAAUGCGUAUGCGAGAAUGAAAUGCACAAAAGUGCAAAAGAUAAUUCAAGAAAACAAAGAAGUGUGGCAAAUGUAGUAGAAAAUCUUGACAGAACGAUAAAUAAAAAAGGACAAACAGGGACAACUCAUAUGUCAUUGAUGGAUUCUUCGAGAAGAAGAAAUAAUCAUAGAAGAAAGAGUACAACAGAAAUUGGCGAUAGCACAAGGACAGAAAAUAGCAUAUUAAAUGAGAAAUUAUCGGAUAAUGCUGAAAAUAUUCACGACGCAUUAAACGAGAUUUCCCCUUCGAGAUCCAAAAAGCAUCGAAAAGAAUUAAAAGAAUGGAUUAAACGUUGCCAAGAAAAGUGUAAAGAACAAGAGAAUCGACGAACCACGAACAAUUAA